AUGCCCCGCAUCAACGUCACUGUCUCCUUCAUCAGCCUCUCUGAUGUAGAAGUUCGCAUCUCUUAUAACAAUCCACUCCAGACUUUUCAAUUGCCUACAAUUAUGACAUUUGCGAUUUCCGAAGCCCGCAAGCGCUUUCCCGCGUUACAACAAGACCAGGUGUUUCUGGACAAUGCCGGAGGCAGCCAGACGUUGGGAGAUGUAGUCGAUUCCAUCACACAAUAUUUGUCCAAGACCAAUGUUCAGCUCGGUGCAUCGUAUCACACCGGCUCGAUAUCAAACACGAAAUACGAAGAAGGCUAUCAGGCUGCUGCAAAGUACAUCAACGCCGGGCGUGAUGAGAUUGUACUCGGGGGCUCCACUACCCAGCUAUUCAUGAACCUUGCGGGAGCCCUUCAACUGCAGGCAGGAGACGAGAUCAUCCUUACCAAGAUGGAGCAUGAGACGAAUGUGAAGCCUUGGCUGUUCAUGGCUGAACGUUUGAAUCUUGUCGUCAAGUGGUGGGUGUCUUCCAGGGAAGAUGGGCUCAAGCUCACACCAGAAAACCUAAAGCCACUCCUAUCCUCCAAGGUCAAGUUUGUUGCAUGCACGCACGUGUCCAAUAUUCUUGGUACCAUCCAUGAUGUCAAAGCAAUUGCAGAUGCGGCCCAUGAGGUCGGUGCGCUCUUAUGUGUUGACGGCGUGAGCUUCGCGCCACAUCGAAAGGUUGACGUGAAGGCUUUCGGCGUGGACUUUUAUUCGUUCUCGUGGUACAAGGUCUAUGGCCCGCAUAUUGCUGUCUUGUAUGCCAGUAAUGCUGCUCAAAGACAUGUGAAACCCAUGGCACACUACUUCAAUCCAACAAAGACGCUUGAAGACAAGCUCGGCUUUGCAUCCUCCAACUACGAAUGCACGCAAUCACUGCCUUGCAUAGCCAGCUAUCUUGACGGCGCAUUUGACGCGAUUUCAAAGCACGAAGGCAAGCUCCAGAAGAUUCUGCUCGACUUCUUGAACACGAGAUCGGAUGUGACGGUGCUCGGCUCCACGAGCAGCGAUUCCACAGUCCGUGUACCAACCGUUUCGUUUGUGGUGGCCGGGAAAAAUUCGAGGCAGAUCGUAGAGGAGGUUGAAAAGAUGUCGAAUUACGGGAUCCGAUGGGGCCAUUUUUACUCGAAGCGAUUGUGCGACGAGGUCCUUGAAUUAGACGCCGAGGGUGUGACUAGAGUGAGCAUGGUGCAUUACAACACGGAAGAUGAGAUUCGAGGCCUAGUAGACGUGCUAUCCAAGGUCUUGCCAUGA